AUCAGACUUUGCCUGUCACAUUCAUUACUGAUUUUGAUUCGAAAAAUUUAACAGAGUGACCAUGGACCAAAGCUGAUACAUAGCAAAGGAACUUGAUACCUGAAGUUCUAAAAAGGUUUGGCGUGUGGAGUUUUGGUUCUACUAGCAGCCCAAUGGCCACCGGAAGCCGUGAAUAACCAUGACGUCGCAAUUGGUAGAGGUGGCCUGUGGAAUCGCACUGUCAGAGAGCAGAAAAAAGAAGCAGACGCUUCUAUUCCGCGGAGAUACUGAGUGUGACGUCACCCGGAAUUUGCUGACUGCUUUAAAAAAUAUAUGCGGAAAAUAUGAUUCGAAACUAGACGCGAAACUCGAAAUCCUCCACAUAUUUCAUCAAAAAGCAGAUAAUUCUGAAGGUUCAGACGUACCAUACUAUUUCAAAAUUAUAAGAAAUUGCGAUGGGGAUGAAUUUGAAUUCCAAUUUAAGAAUUCGAGUAUUUUUGAAUAUUCUCAUGAGCUACUACUACCAGCUGCACUUAUGUAUGGUGCUUCCGUAGAAUUGUCAAGCAAAAUGAGAAUUUCAGAAGUCAACAGUUUAAAAAUUCCUAUCCAGAUGAAACACCCGAGUUCAUUUUACAAACAAUUCAUUUCUGAGGUGCGCAAAGCGUUUUUGGAGCUCAACCUUGGGAAUCAUAUGAACUUUAUUUGGACCGUCACUGCAGCAAUUUUGCACAUAAGAUCUGGAAACUGGACAAUAGCAGAAGAGCUACUAGGCGUUGGGAAGAAUUCUUUAGAGGAGAGCUUGGACAGGAUAUAUUCUGAUAAGACAACUUUUUGCAAUGCGUUGUUUCACACUACAGCGGAAAUGAUAAUUGGCGAUGCACUUGGACGUCAAUCCAGAAAAUGGGAGGAAACUGGCGAGGAAGCUGUCUCUUUGAUUGGGGUGGUCCAAAAAUACUCAAGGGGAACGGAUUGGAUGGAUUUCUGUAGCAACUAUCAAAGCGACUUACUGCAGUUGAUGCAAAACAUGGAGGAAUUAUCAGUGCCUAUUCCUACGAACACCAGCGGAGGGACUAAAAAUGAUACGUCGGUUAUCAAUGAUUUCACCCGAGGAACUAAAGAAUUGAAGUUCCUGGUAACAAAAAAAGAUUAUGAAAAGCUGAAGAUAUAUCAUCUACACGAUAUUAUUGAAUAUCAAGGAAACUUUAGUUCUUCCUAUGACAAAUUUGUUGCAGCCCGAAAAUGCGUUGAAAAGUUUUUGAUUAAAUCAAGAUGGAAUCAACUGCUUGACAUCAACGCUGACGAGCUUAUAUUAAGAGCUUUCAACCACGAUAUUUGGGAAAACUAUGUUAUUGAAAUGGAGCAGAGAUUGGAAGCCAUCAAAACGUCAAAUUUACGAUCUCUUCACUGUAAAAAGGAAGAAAGUGUUCGAAACCUAAGAAACGUUUUCUGCUUAUCACCAGAAAAUUGCAAUAUUUGCAAAUCCGACAAACACUUUGACUCUAAGGUUCAGAUUCAUAAAAUUAUGCUUCAAGACAACACCGAAGACUUAGACAUUAAAUCACCCGUGAAGAUAAAAAUAAAAGAAUUGAUUGAGAAGAAUGCGUUAGACCUCAUGAGCGUCCAAGCAUUGAUUGUGCAGAGCUUCAAUAUCGAGCUCAGUCAACUAGACGUAAGUUUUAUCAGCAAAAAAUACGUCAAAUAUUGCUUACAAAUUUGGCUUGCCGAUUCUCUUAAAAUUUGUGAAAAUAUUGGAAGUCAAAACUUCCAAGAAUACUUGGAUGCACUUGACAAUUUCAACAAUCUAACAGGAGAUGUUCCUUCAAUUUUUUCAUUUUCGAGAUAUUUUACGCUUGUGCAGAACAUUGGUUCAUUGAUUCCUAGAACCAAAGAACGAGAAUGCGUUAGUGAAUUUAAAACUGAAUGUAAGCGAAAUCUUCUUAAGCUCAACGAGAAAGUAAAAAAAGAGCUUGAAUUCAUUCAGUCUUUUGUUGCCUACAUUAGAUCAUUCAAAAAUGUAAAAAAAUUAGUGGAAUCAUUGAAAUUGAUGGAAUUUUGCACUGGAAAUAUUUCAUUCGACGAGUUUCGCGCCAUGCUCAUCGAAUCUGACAGUCUGCAAGGGGAACUUGGCUGCCUAGCAGCUAUGAGAAUAAAAGGUCUAUGCGAAGCAAGCCAGUUUUCUCAGAUAGACAAGUUGAAGAACUUCAUCGUGCAGUACAUUAAGCCGGCUAAGUUGAGGACCAUCCUCAACGAUGGGCAUUAUUUCCUUGAAGGAAAGUGCAUGGUUCUGGAAUUAAGUUUUAUUAAGUCGCUGCUGGUGGACCAUUGUAAGGCGAAUAAUAAAAUCAAUGAAAUCAGGCUCAUUGUGGGCGAUACACUCUAUUUAGACGCUGACAUUGAGUGCGACGUCUUCCAUGGACAAAAUUUUGUUAUCUGGUGUCGGCGCCUCGUCGUAUCUAACGAAAAAGUAAAAAUUGACGUCUCGGGACUGGAUAGCAAUAAAAUAUAUUCUUCGAACGCCGGAAACCUAAGCGAUGGAACAGGUCGCAACGGUGCUGAUGGUUACGCUGGACAGAGUGGAGGAAAUAUAUUAUUGAUAGCAGAUGAAGUCGUUAACGCAUUCAAUUUGAGAUUGAUCUCUAAUGGGGGCAAAGGAGGAAGAGGACAAGACGGAGGAGAUGGAAAUGACGGCCAAAGUGGUGAUGGAAUGGAUGAUGUUUUUUUGAAGACAAAAUUCAAAAGCCCCGUGAAGUUUUGGAAGAUGGGUUGCUCAGAGGUCGAGAAAUAUAUUAAUAGAAUUAAAGAUUAUACAGUUACUACACUCGAGGAUUUUCCCAACAUGGACUCUUCUUACUAUCUGCGUAGGAUGACUUCAAACGGCAUGGAAAUAACGUACAACCAUGAUAACUGGAUUUACGGUUCAAUGUCUGCAGUAUUUUUGUGCAAAGGAUCUUUUGGAAAGCCAGGGCUAGAUGGAGGUGAAAACGGUCUAGGCGGUGAGGGCGGCUAUGGUGGUGAAAUCUUUGUUUUCCAUGAAGAUGUAGUGGUGAAGAGUAAUAAAGGAGAAAAUGGAGAAUUGGGUGAAAGUGGCUUUAUGGGGAAGCCCGGAAAAGCUGCAUGGGACAUUGGCUAUUCAGAUCAUUGCAACUGGAGAGUACCAGUGUAUAGUGGCAUAGAUAUGGAUAGCAAAUUAACAAUUAGGCAUUACAGUGGGAGUGCUAGCGACAGAACAUGGUGCAACCGACACAAAAGUUACAUCAAGAUCGAAAAUUCUGACAAAUUAAUUACAAGCAGUACCUCAAAGCAGCAAAGACAAAAGCAAUGCCAGCAACGAAUCAAUAGAGAGGCUCAAGCAAGUGCUGUCAACCAAAAAAUGGUUUCUAAGAUUGAUAUACAAAGUACAUAUCAAGCUUAUAUGGAAUCUAGUAGGCAAUGCUUAGAUGGCGUGCAAUUCAGUGCGCAAAUUGAAAAUUUGCAGCAGAACAUCGAGACACUUCAAGAAGAACAAGAUGAGACCACUCACGAAGAUAAGCUGAAUAUUCAGGUUCAAAGGGAUGCAACAUUUGAAGAAGUGGUGAAAGUAAAAAAAAUUGUCUUCGAUCGUAGGAUCGAAAAAAAAAUUAACGUCAAGUUAUUUGAUCCUCAAGGAAAUUUUAAAACAGAGCUACUUCCUCAAAUACAUCUCUUACAUUUUGAACCAGAGGACAUAUGUGAGUUAAUAAAUUUUGUUUCAGACAAAUCCUUCAAGGCUUCAAAAAUCUUUUCUGAAGAGAAAAAGUUGCGUAUAGAACAUAUUGCAUUAUCGAAUUACCGCCAGAUGAUUUUGAUAAAUAUCGCAGAUAAUAUAAAUUCAAAAUUGGAGAAACAAAAAUAUCAUUCAUUGUUGCCCAUCGAGAGAUAUUUUGAGAAAACUGUAAACAAAUCUGAAAUAUCUGACGAAAAUUUGAACCUGAUCGAUGACUACAUAAAUGAUGAUACGCAAAUCAGCCGCAAACAAAUUAUUGAAUAUUGCAAAGAAAUUCUUAAAUCGAACGCUAGCUCAAAACUAGUUCAGCCAGCUAUGGAAAUAUUCCUGAACAGCUGCGAUACUUCAAUCUUGGAGGGAAAGUACAAAGAUUCAUUUGAAAAACAUAUCAAUGCGUUACAAAUUUUUGAAGUGCAGAAGCAUAUGAAAGUUGACAUGCAAAUAGAAAAUUUUAAAACGCAAAUUGAAAUGUAUCCAGAACUGAUGGAACUUUGGCAAAAGUAUGAGGAUGGAAACGAAGAAAGAAAUAUAUUUGACGAAGAGCUGAAAAAAUUUAGUCAUGGUGCGCACUUUGAUUUGACAGAGAGACAACAAGUAGAGGUCGCAUACGAGAAAAUUCACUCUGAAGUGGACGCACAGUUUAAUUGGGAAAACUGUACAAACGAUAAUGAUUUCAUGGAUUUGUUUUAUUCAUAUAUUCAGUCUCAUGGCCUUGACUUUAACGGAUAUUUACAACUUCUAGCUGACAUUUUUAGCGUCCGCCUUGCUGUGUAUUCUUUAAAUGAAGAGAGUAAUAUAGUAUGGAUGAAUUCUUUCAACUUGCUUGAAACAAGAGAAAUAUCAAUUUUACGAAAUCAUAGCGAUAAAUUCGAAAUCAUAACAAUAAAUUAUGAAUUUUUGGAGCUCGAAACACAACGGCAUGCUCAAGGUACUUUAUUUAACAAAGUACUUUGGGAGUUGAGCCAAAAAUAUAGCAAGACUGACAUUGAUUCAUACUUCAAUGAAAUCACCUGUGGAGAACCGAAAAUAAAUCAUAGCAGCAUAUCUUUGAACUGUCCCUGCGAAGAAAAUGACAUAAUGUUCAUUUUGAGCUGCGUAGAGUCAAAAGACCCGGCGAUAAAACUUGAAUCAGGUCUUCGCAGCAUUAAAAGUCAAAUAAUCUGUCCUAAUAUUAUCCUUCAUUUGUUGGCCAGAAGAUUUAGCUAUGAAUGUUGUUGCGUAAGUGACCAAGAAAUUAUGUUUCUCAUCAACGAAGUUUUGCAGUCGUAUCUGAAAAACACACAAGAAAUACCUCUGAUACAACGGAUUGUCGCAUCCGAACCACAGAAAAACUGGAUGGCGGAACUGACGUUGCUCCAUAUACAAAACUAUUACAAGAUGAAAUUUACGCUUUUUAAUAUUUUGAGAAAAAAUUUGAUUGCAAUCCAAAAAAGGGAAUUGCUACUCCUUUUUAACAUCCAACUGAGAAACACACCAGAAGAUGCAGCUGCUCCUGUGAAAACAAUAUUUAAAAUUUUUCAAUUGUUGAAGGAAGUUAAAAUAAUUCCACAUCAAUUGUAUGUGAAUGAUAUUGGAAAUUGGUUAUAUGUUCUAGAAAGAGCCUACUGGCAUGGUAGAUUGUUCAAUUUCUUCCAACAUGAUACCGAAGACAAUUUGAACACAGCCACUUAUUAUGUACAGAAGCUAGAGAAUUACAACGGGAAAAAAUUAUUGGAUUCAUUUCUGACGGUUCUUUCGGAAAAAGGCGAAUUUGUUGACAGUGCAAAAAUUCUUCAAUAUUUGUCAUUGUUUGUGUCCGAGGUGUGGAGGCUUGACAAUGAGAAUGUAAAACAAUGUGAGCAAGUACAAUCUAAAGAUGAUUUGAUUAACUGGGAAAGAUCACUGUCAGGAAGUGUUGAAUGUAGCGGUCACAUUGACCGAGAUAUGUUGACGUUAAUAAAAAUAAUUGAGAAUAGCGCAAACAGCUCUAAUGCUUUAAAAGAUUUACUUACAAAUUUACAUGCACACAUUAUAAGCGAUGGCUACAAAAGCAAAUGCGAAAAAGUACAGAAAAGAGAGAGUACCCAGGACUUGAAAAUUCCUAGUCAGAUAUCUGACGGAAUAGCGUCAACUCUGGAAGUUUUGUCCCUCAUUGACCAAUGCAUAUUUUUGAAGAGAAACUUCCGGCUUAGAGACACACAAAAACUCUCUGUUAUGAUGCUUUUAUGCAAUGAGAGUAGCAAUCUACUACAAGUAUCGACAGGGGAAGGAAAAUCUUUAAUUGUGGUCGCAGUUUCCAUAAUUAAGGCAUUCAGAGGCGAAAUGGUUGACGUCAUUACAAGUUCUUCGGUUUUGGCUAAAAGAGAUGCGCUAGCAAAUAAAGAUAUUUACGAUUGCUUCGAAGUCUCUGUAUAUCACAAUUGUGACGAUCAAAUUGAAAGAAGAAUAAAGGCAUACUCUAGCAAUAAAGUAAUAUACGGGGAUAUUACCGGUUUCCAAAGGGAUUUUCUUUUGGAUAGAUUUUAUGGAAAAAACAUCCUCGGGGACAGGAAUUUUGCAAAUAUUGUCGUGGAUGAAGUUGACAGUAUGCUUCUGGACAAAGGAAACAACAUGCUAUAUUUGACUCAUGAGUUACCAUGGCUGGACAAGCUGACAUCCGUGUACAUUUUCAUUUGGAAGUGGCUAAAUCAACCAGCUUCAAGCGUCGAAUUGUUGAAAUACAUCUUUGAUGAGACCGUGCUCAAAGAGAAGGUUCUACAUGACCUUUUUGGCUUCAUUAACAAGAGGGAUAUAUUGGAAUUAGACACGAAUCUUAGAGAUGGUGAUUUAUGUGAGAUCUGGAAAAUACUUACGGAGAAUGAGUUUAUCAACAUGGAUGGAACCAUAAAAAUUAUGAGGUACGAGCUUUUAGAUACCCUGUUCAGAGAAAAAUAUCCGCAAUUAGUUGAGAGGCUUCAAUUUGCUUUUUCAGAAAUUGAAAAACGAGAAAAGAGCAUUUAUAUUCCUAACUAUUUGAAAAAAUUUGUCGUGCAACACUUAGAUUCUUGGAUUGUAAGUGCACAAAACGCGUUUUUCAUGAAAGAAAAAGAGAACUACAUAGUAGACGUGAACAGAACCGAGAAUAACUUUGACCUAAGCCCUAAUAUAAUCAUCAUCGAUAGAGACACUGGAACCGAUGAAGUGAAUUCUCAAUAUGAUGAGGCUCUGCACCAAUUUCUUCAACUUAAACAUGGGUGUAAAUUGUCAGCACAAAGUUUGAAAGCAGUUUUUGUAUCAAAUAUUUCGUACUUCAAGAAGUACAAUAAGCUUUAUGGGCUCACUGGCACAUUGGGAUCGAAGAGGGAAAGAAAUCUUCUGGAAGAAAUUCACAAAGUUGAUUUUGUUACAAUGCCAACAACAAAACCUAAGAAAUUCAUAGAAUAUUCACCAAUCACAUGUAGUGACCGCGAGACAUGGAUUGAAGAAAUAAAGAAAGAAGUGUCAAGGGUGGUUGAGAGUUCAGGUGAAAAACGAUCUGUAUUGAUGAUUUGUGAGUCAGUACAAAACGUUGAAAUGCUUCGAAAAUGUUUCCGAAACGAAAAAUUAAAGCUGUUAACAUACACCAGAGAUUAUGAGGACUUUGAUUUUUCAAGUGGCAAAGCUCUACAAACUGGACACCUACUUAUUUCAACUAACUUGGCAGGUCGAGGUACAGACAUAAAAAUUGCCAAAGAUCUAGUGGAAAAUGGAGGACUACACGUCAUCUUGACUUUCCUACCCGGUAACAGCAGAAUAGAGCAACAGGCAUUCGGGAGAUCCGCCAGAUGUGGUGAACCAGGCUCAGCAAGAAUAAUUUUCUACAAUGAAGACACUCAUUGCAAAAAUGUGAUCCUUCUGAAGAGAGAGAGAGAUGAGAAAGAACUUGAAAGAAUCUCAGAUAUAAAAAAACAUUAUGAAAUGUCAAUAUUGGUCCAAGAAAAAUGUUUUCAACUCUUUCAAAACUUCUACUUGGGAAUAAAAGACAAUCUUGAAUUUAAACUCUCGUGGCUUGAUGGAUUUUCGAAGAUAAUUUCCAUCAAAUCUUUAAACAAACCAACAUUGAUGGACAUUGUGGAUCAAAAAUUGCGAGCACGGAAUACAAAAGCGGUAAAUGAAAUUGUGCUGCAAUCAUUUCUAGAUGAAUGGGCUUAUUGGCUUGACUCUAAAACAGAACAAAUUGGUAAAAUUAAAACCAAACGCGAUUAUGAUGAUAUGUGCUUGCAAGCAAAGCAAUUUAUCGAAGAACUGAAAAGUCGAAAAACUCACAUAGACAUGGUUAAAAAUAACCCAUCUGCUUUGAUCAAACUUGCAAAACAAUUUGUUCGAAUAAAAAAGAUUCAAGAAGCCAAAACCAUGCUUGACGAAGUAAUUGAAAAGGAGCCGAAUUUUUCUGAAUUUGCGAAGUACUACAAAGCAGUUAUAAUUGGAGACAAUAAAAAAUGGAAAAACACGAACGAGUUCCUGCAAUUGCUUUCAGAAUCGAAGAAUCUGUUUAUUGCACACAGCAACAUGAGCUAUAUGUAUGCAGCAGCAGUGAACAACCUUAAGAAGAAAAAUAAUUCUAAGUUCGUUCAAGUUGAUUCAUUUAAUGUUCAACAAAAAUACGUCAGAGACAUUUACGAAGUAUAUAUAAACUCGAUUGAUGAUGUGCUAGGCCAUGCAAUUGAUGCGUCAAUUUUUGUAUCAGAUGUUGUGAGUGACAAGUUGUGUGAAAAGCUCUACCAAAAAUUGACUGCAGAUAAUAUCAUUUCAAAGCCAUCUCUACAAUUUUUGAAAGAAGAAAAUGAAGCAUUGAGGAAAAUAGCAAAAGCGUAUGCGAUGAAUUAUGAAGAACUAAAAUAUGUUUUACUUGAACAUGGAUCCUUCUUAGAUGAGAGGAGGUUGUCAAAAGAAGUUAAUAAGUUGCAAUUCCCUAGUCGAGAAAAAUUCUGGAAAAUGCUCAAAUAUCUGUCAAUUUUGCAAGAAGAAGUGUCAUUUUAUGAAAUAAAUGCUGAAGAGCUAAAAAAGUAUGAUAAAAUCGCGUUAAACAUACUACUGAAAAAAUACAUUUCCUCUGACGUUUUCACAAAAGAAGAUAUGAACUCACUUUCUAUGUUUUCACUUUCAAAAGAGGGAUUGUAUUUAACUGUGAAAGAAUGCAAAGACAUAUUCACUUCUGCAGAUAUGGAGAGGUAUGUUGCGUAUAACAUCCUGAAGAAAAAUAAAAAAGCUAUUCUUAAUAGAGAGCUGCUCAAACAUACAAGACUCCCUGAAUAUUCUAGCAUAACUAUUGACGAUUUAACCGCCAUAAAUAUUGCACCGUUCGAAGCUGAGAGAAUAUUAAAAGAUAUAGAAGACCAGGCAUACAUUCAAUAUCUGCAUGGCAGCUAUGUUUUAAAAGACCAUGCAAAAGAUAUUUCAAGGUUAGAUUUAAAAGAAUUUCCAGUUUACAAGUAUGCCUUGAGAAGCUUGCUAUCUUUAAGAUUUUGCUAUCAAAUAGCUGCAAACAAGUUAAUCGCAGAUCCAAGCAUAAAAAAUCUUGAUUUUACACUGAUAAGCAACGUCAACACUGCGCUUUUGGUAUCUUUAGCCGAAGAAGAAAUCAUUUCGCAAUCUAGAGUCACCUAUAAUGGAGAUUUGCAACUUGAUAAUGGUGAGGUUGACGGCUUCUAUAGAUACUUGCCGGUAGAACUACAUGAUAAAAAGAUGGCCAAGUACAUUUUGCACCUAUUACAACAAUCAAGAUCGGUCUUGGAAAGCCUUAAGGCUCCAGAGGCACGAUUGCAAAAUAUCCUUGAAAAUUUUCAGAAGCCCAAUAACGAACUUCUAUCUCUACUUAACAGUUUCAUUCUGAAUGGUCUGGACGAGGUCCUCACUUUUCGCGAGGAAAAAUAUACGAGGGAAAUGAUUAGCAACACCAUAUGUGUAAUCGUUCUGGGAAUGGUACAAUUGAUGUUUGGAGUGACUCUUAACUAUUUUUCAAUGGGAUUCCUGGCAUUGGUAGGGAAUGGUUUCAUAAAAGAAGGAUUUAAUGACCUUAUGUUUGCUAAAAGUGCCCUUUACUCUGGCUAUUUCAGCUGGGCUCACUAUCGCAAACAAAAAAUCGUUAACCUGACCUCUACCUGCAUAACAUUUGCAGCUUCCGGUCUUUUAACGAAAGGCGCUUCAGUUUUAAGAAUUGGUUCAAAAUAUAUAUCCACUGCCAGUGUUGGUGAAAGUGCAGUCAAGUCAUCAGGUUCGGCAUUUUUUGAAUCAAUUAAAUCUAUUACAUCAAUUGCUUAUUUAAAAGAAUGUUCUCAUAAUGUUGCAAGAAUGACAGUCAAUAGUAUGGCAUAUGAACUCUUUAAUUCGAUGGAAGAUUCCCUAUUGAAUAACUUCGCAAGGCAAUAUUGCGAAAGCCUUGCAGAAAAAUUGUUGCAAGACGUAAAUCAAUCCGUAGAAAAACAUAACAUAAGCCUAUUGUUAGAAAAAGCUUAUAGAGUAUUGGGUGCAUCAAGGGCUAAAAGAAUACUGUCAGAAUUGGAGCAAGAUUUCUUUUCAGCAAAAAAUGUUGAAAACUCAUUUUACCAACAUAUUAAAAGUAUCACCAAUAUCUUCGUUGAAAAAAUAGAUGAGUUCAAGAAGGAAUCAAGAAAAGUUCAAGCAGGCUCAAAGUGGCUCAAAACGGUUAUGAGAGGACUUUCAUAUAUAAAAAAAACAUGCAAAAUCUUGGAGCUGCGUCAUGUAACUGGGAAACUUUUGGAUGAUAUGGAGCUACAGUUAAGAGAGAAAAUAAACAUGGUAGACCCGGAAAAAUGCACAUCUGUCAUCGAAGAAGGUAUUUCUUUUGAAAAAUUUAAACACGAUGUGACAGAAAUGUGGCAGAGGAGUUUGAAUAAACACGUAGGAGAUUACCUACACUUUGCUGUCGUUUGUCCCAUCUUGAAAAAAAUUCGCGCAUUAGCGGUAAAUUUUGCUAAGCAAGCAGUAAAAACUUGCUCUAGUUGGCGCUCGGGGUCAAAAGAAAAUGAAAGUUCGGUGGAAGAUUUGGUUACUCAUCGAAAUAGGCACAAUGAGAAAUUUUUUGUAAUCUCAGAAGAAAUAAGCACCAGUUUACAAAAACAUAAUGACCAACUACAAAUGGAGGCAAUGGCGAAGUCUAGAGAUCCUAAGGAAAUUGCGGAUAUCUAUAGAGCUGGUUCCCAAUUCGAAAUGACAGGUAUAUUGGCCGUCCAAUACCUCAUUGAAGAAAAACAAUGCAAGCUAAAUCUCAUUGUACGUGACGAUAAAAAUUGCACAUAUUCUAUUGAAUCGAGUAAGGAUGGAACUGCGGUAACGGUUGAAUUGGAUUUAAUUACUUGCAAGCAUUUUUGCAAUUCGAGUGGCAUAGAAAUCAAAGGGGUCACAGGGUUAGGACAAAACGACUGCGUUUAUACUGCUCUCUCCGCUUAUUUUGAUUUGGGAUCACCAGAGGAAUUUAGAGAGAAUAUCGCAAAGAAAAUUGAAGGUGUACCAUCACUACGCAAUUUUGUGGAAAGUGGAGCACAUGGCGAGUAUUUGAGAAGAGGUUUUCACGGGGGAUUCACUGGAUCAGGUAGACAAGAUAAAAUAGUGAAGAUAGAAGAUGACAGCGGCAACGACGAGGACAAACAAAUUGAAAAAUUCGGGUCGUACCCAUGCAAAGAAGAUUUGAAAGGUUCGAAGAAAAGAAAAGGUAGACCAUGCAAGGCAUGCCAUGCCCAAGAGCCAACUAAAACUGUGAUGGUUCCAGGCAGAGACAAACCUGAUUACAUUCAUGGGCGUUACAAUUGCGAGUCUACACAUUGCAUUUAUGAGGUAGAAUGCAAAGUGUGUGGUAAACGCUACGAAGGAAAGUGUAUAACCUCUUUUCGGAAGCGAGUGACCAAUCACAGGCGCGACGUUAGGAAACAAAAUAACAAAACAUUGUCAGAGCACGCUAAAACCCAUCAAAUAAACAAAUUCGAUGAUAUCUACAGAACGCGAAUAAUAAAACAGCUGAAAUCUGACCAACCAGUUUCUGGAAUGCAAGAUUUAGAACAAGAGUGCUUUGAUAAAUAUGGUCCGGAAUUGAACAAAAUAAGGGCUAAGAAAGAACCAGAGCCCAAGAAAAAUUCAAAUCACAAAAAGAAAAAUCAGGCAAAAAAAAAAAAUAGGAAUUGAUAUUAUGUUUUAUUAAUGUAGUUAGAUAUUUGAAUGCGUUGAAAAAUGUUUUGUAUUGAUAAAUUUUUUCUUAUAUUUAAAAUGUUUUAUCAAUAGUAUUUUCUUGAUAAUUUUGUAUAUUUUUUCCCAAGUAAUAAAUAUUUUUUUGAUUUGGUUUA